UCGGAAAUGCGGCCAGCAUCGGUUGUUUCAAGUGUUGAGCUCGAGACGAGAAAAAUCAGCGUAGGAAAAAUUAUUUCUGUUCGCGUUUAUGUGUGCCAUAUGUUUGUUUAUUUGUUUGUCUGCUCGUUGGGCAUCGAUCGCCCCUUGCCCCUCUCAUUCUUGCACGCUUUUUUAUCGGGCAGGCGGGGUUAACAACAGUGGAAUACGGAGGAGUAUCCGCCAGAUACGCGAGCUGUGCUCGCCGAGUUUCCACGAGUUUUUCAUGAGCGCUGCACUUUUCCCUGAUGGCAUUGCACAUACCGCAUGGGCAAUCGCUUUUCGGCUUUUCCUCGCCUCAAGUAUUUAUUUGCUCAGAUGUUCGCGGUUUUCCACAUUCUCGAUUCCCACUGGGAGCAGUGGCCAAAAACGUAUGAAUCCGACGAAUGCAAGAUUAUCUGAUGAGCGCCAAUGUAAAUGUUCCAUACGUGGCAGUUGGCUUCGAUUUGGUGUUCGGUGCUUCAGACGCCUCAUUUACAUAUCGUUAAAAUUGUUAGAAAAUCGAUGGAUUAUUGCAUUUUCCCACUGCUCCUUGGCAACAGGCACAAGCAAAUAUUUCCGAGUGGUUGGCGUUGUGAAAAGCGAAUUUCAUUCUCGAAUGGGUAAAUAAAUAUGUCUUGAGUUUCGGCCCACACUCUUGGAAUAGUUCUACAUACUUGUAAUUAUCUUACAUAUUUUUUGAAUUCCUGUUUAAAGGGGUAACAAAAUAUCUGCACAGGAUACCAAAAUGUAUUAAGUAAGGACAUUAAAGUCAUUUUAGAGAAAAUUUACACUGCCUUGAAAUGUUGUGCUUAAAAAAUGUGAUAUAUAUAUAUAAUUGAGUGCACUUGUGAUAUAUGUAUGUAAUUCCAGUAAAUUUAUCUCAACUUGACAUUCAUUCUCCACAAUUGUCUUGAAGAUAUGACCCAGAAAUAAAGAUCAUUUUUGCAUUAAUUGCAAUUAUUCUUGAGAACGAAUGGUUUUCUUACUUAUUUCCGCACCACAACUUUCCAUUUCCGUGCGGCUUUCGAGGAACAUUUAAGUUUGUUAUUGCAUGACCUUGCUUGCCCUUGACUAACGCCAAGUACUUUGAUCUGGUCAGCAUAAAGUGCUUUAUAUCUACAGAUCUUUUCUUUUAUGUAGUCCCUUGAAACGAUCACGAGAAUGUAUCGGUGCCACUACCAUCCGGUUAAUUAUUUUUGCUGUCGAUUUUUUACCUUUUUUCUGGUCUUCUUUUCAUUUCAUGAAUCGGGUGUGCUGAAAUUGUUUAUAUCGGCGCAAUCAAAAUAAAAAUAAACUAACUAUUUUCUGACAAACAAUUGCUGAAGCGAAAUUCGUUCUUUGCCAAUUUUUCUUCGAUUCGCAAGAAUUUAUUAGUGAAGUAUAUUUAAAUCAAGAUUUAUUUAGCACUCCAUCUUUGGGUUUUGAUGGCCUUACAGCUGUGUUUAAAAUUAAAAAAAUAUAUAUAUACAAAAUCUUUGUGGAGAAUAUGAAACAGGAAUUCCGUGAAAUACAUGAAUAAACAAUGUAAUUUUUGAGUUGUGUGUACGUUAGUAAGAUUCCAGUCCCUACAAACUGCAGUGAUGUUUCCACAAACAUUGAAUUGUAACUAUUGUUCUUAUAAUCCCUAAAUUACAGGGUAUAAGUUGUUCCCAACUGCCUGACUUCUCUCACAUCUGCUGUCCCAAUUCCCCUGUUUAUCCGCUGUCGUCGUUGGUUCCAAUUCCGAUGGUUAUCCGCCCCCAAUUAGGAGGCGACAUCAUCGAGUGGAAUUCUCCAAACGUUUCAGAUCUAGUUUGGAAUUCACUCAGUUCCCACGAUGUGGUUGCAUUGGCAGUGGCUGAUCUGGGCUCUUGUGUGGCUUCAUGUGGCAAUGGCCACCAAGUGGUAUGGCGGUGGAAUGGACUUCAAUGAUCCCUCCUCCUGGCUAGAUGAUCACUUGCCAUGCGCACAGGACGUGAUCGUUUUUCCGGAGUACUACCCAGCCCUGUUGCCUCUGCCCGAGAACAUAGCCAUUGAUGGCUUGGUUUUCCCCAGAGAAGGGGCGAUCCUCCUGGCGGAGGAAUCUACCAUUACCUUUGGUUCCGACAAGCAGCCCGCCUGUGAGAGCGAGGAGAAGAAGGCCUUUCUGAAGCCGCCGAAGUCGAGUAAAUGGUUCGAUCCUGGCACCUGGACGGACAAAUCUAAGGAAGCUUCCACAUUUACACCGGAGCUGGAGAGGAUUCCCUGUGAUGACGAGCAGGUCAUCAUCAAGGGGCACGGACCACUGGCCUUCGACCUGGAAAACGUGCAGUAUCUGCGGCUGGGACAGCUCAUUCUGGCUGGUUCGUCCAUCUCCAAGACGUACUUGGAACAACUUAUCAGCAGAGAUCUGGGGCAGUUCCUCUUCCACAAUGCCAAGUACGUCCAGGUGGAGUACUACAGAGGAGAGCUCUGUGGCUGCCACAAGGACUUUGAGCGCUUGCUGGAACCCGUUUGCCACAAUGUCCAGGAGCAGUGCGAGACGCCCCACUGCUUGUCCCCAGUGCGCCCCUUGGGAUCGUGUUGCCUCAUCUGCGGCGCCAUUCUAACCACGCCCACGACGCACUGCACCGAGGGCAGCAGAAAGGAGUUUUUGACCCAGAUUACUAACCUCAUUAGCCAGCAGAGUGUGAAGGAUCAGAUCGGCCUGCACGUGGAGUUCGUGGGCUCCCAGCAGUUUGGAAACUCCCUGCAGGCGGUGGUCACUGAUCGCCUUAAAUACAGUGAACGGAGCAUGGAGUUCCUGCAGCAGAACCUACAAAACUGGCACAAGAAAGGAAUAAAGUUGGAAGUCUCGGGUCGACCCUAUAAUCCGAAUGUCAGCUUCUCCUCGAUUGUGUUCAUCCUCUUCUGCAUGGCACUGGUGGGUCUGGUGUCCGUGGUCAUUUUGGCGCACUUUAUGCCGGAGAAUCCCUACCUCAACCGCAUCCCACAGUGGAUCCACGACGCCCGUCGCUGGAGGUGGCGUCACCUGGGCUUGAGACUGCGCCGGAAUCUGCUGUUCAACCGUUUUGACAACGGCGGCGCAGGAGGUGGCUCCAGUGACGGAGGUGCUUCUGGUGUGGAUCGUCUGGGCAUUAUGGCUUACGACCCGGAAAGCGGCGAGGUGAGGGAACGAGCCUUUGAUAAUCCCAUGUUCGAGCAGGCAGGAGCUUUGGAGGUGGCUGCCAGGGAGUCGCAGGAGCAGGAGGAAAUACUGGCUGUCCCCAAAAUGGAGACUGGAGAUCUGGACGCCGGCAGUGUGGUGGAUGAGCAGGAGCUCACGGAAAUCAACUUGGAAACCUGCAGGGCGGACACCGAUGAGGAGACCAUCUAAUUAAAGUCAACCUUUUCCGAAAGCUCCAAUAGACCAUCUUAUACAAUCUGACGUAAAGUUUUGAGAAUAGGUGUUCAAUAUUACUGACCCGCUUAUUAAAGUAUUUGUUAUAAUUACA